UGCAGCUUGUCACGUGAUCAGCGCUCCAUUCUCGCCAUUUUGAGUCCAGAGUGAAGCACUUUUACACCCCAGGAAUAAAAAAAAGCAGCGCAUCACGAGCUUCGAGGCCAAAGAUCACACACAACUGCUGCAUCAGAAUGGAGGACAGCAGUGGAGUUGCUGUCCUUGUACCUCACUCUAGAGGCCAGCAGGAUACAGUCUUCAUUCCCGACAGACGUCUUCAUGGUGCCGAGGACCAGCAACGGCAGCAGCAAAAGCAGGCUGCCGACUCUCUUAUUCAGGUCAUUGAGAAGCUCAGCAAGAUUGUGGAAAAGCGGCCCAGGCGAUGCACCGUCUCUGGGAAAAAGAGACCCUUGAUGACUUGUGCUUCUGUACCUAUCCCUGUCCCAGACAGCAGGGACAGCACUGAAGGGCUCACACCUAGUAAGAGACCCAGAGAACGAAGGGAUAACUCCCCAACAUCCAGCAACACACCUGGGCACGCGUUCGAACAGGAGCCUCUGAGUGUAGUGUCUCGGACGGUCACGUGCUACCAGUGCAGUAUGUGCCGAUUUAUCUCUCCUACAUUGGAGCUUUUGAAGGAACAUAUGCUGCUUCAUGAUGAGCAGCACAGUGACCUCAUCCUCAUGUGCUCAGAGUGCCAGUUCACUUCAAACCAUCAGGAGGAGCUAGUGGCACAUGUAAGACUCCACCUGGAGGAGGCCGAUCAUGCCAGACACAUCCUAGAUGAGCAAGGGAUGACAUCGGAAAGAAGCGUUCACCAAAGGAUGGCGGUUUUAAAGGCGAGCAACUUGGAAUCAGAGAAGACGUCCACGCCGAAGAAGUGGUACAGCUUUGAGCAUGGCAGGUACCGUUGUCUCAUCUGCAACUACGAAUGUCGACAACAGCGCAAUCUGAAGACCCAUGCGUGGAAGCACGCUGGCCUGGUUGACUGCUCGUACCCCAUAUUUGAAGAUGAGACGGAUUGUGCUGGUACCUUACAAAGCUCAAGUCCUCAUUUGGUUCCAGCAGCUAAAGAGGAUACCAUAGUAGUCCUCGCAGCUGUUGGAGGAAAACCUCAGACCGUUCAUGGCUCCUCCAGCCUCCAGCUAGAGCUGUGUGCUUCACCAGAAGUGAAGUGUCAUGGGGAGAAGAAAGCUUUGAAAACACUAGAGACCAAACUCCCAGUGAUUAGUCAAGUUUAUUCUUUUAAAGAACCAGAGGAGCCAUUGGUGGAGGUCCAGGUGACACCAGAAGCACAAAUGGAGCUGGAGUUGGAGACUGAGAGCCAACAGGCAAGCUCCGACAGCCUCCUGUCCUCUGCGCAGAAGAUUAUCAACUGCAGUGGCAACAGUGCCGGCCACGUCAACGUCAUCGUGGAACGCCUUCCCUGUGCAGAGGAACCGGUCUCAAGCAAACCUCUGCUCCUCAGCCCAGAAGUAGGAGGAGACAAGACCUUGCUUGCCUCUGAGGAGCCAGAGUUAGAGAGCCAAGACCUCCCCGUAUACUUCAAACAAAAGGAGGAGGUUGUGAUCACCUGGAAUGGAGAAGAUCGACAACAGGAGGAAGAGUCAGUGUCUUCAAGUUCUCCCUCAGAUGAAAACGUGCCACCGGUUCGGAGGAGGACUUACUCGGAAUCUCUUCGGCUGCAUUCUUUGGCAGCCGAGGCAUUGGUGGCCAUGCCCAUGAGGGCCACAGAGCUUAGCAAAACUGCUGCAAAAAGUAUCCAUGAACAGAGUACUCAAAGCCCAGACACAGGACAGAGAAUUAUAGAGAUUGCUGACACCGCCAACUCUAAGGCAUCCUCAGAAGAGCUUGUCGCUGCAGUUGGAGAUGCAGGUGCUCUUCUUAACCUCGGCCUUCAGAGUUCAAAAGAUUCUCGAGAUGUGCUGGUCGAGGGACCCUCCAAGGCUGGAAUCAGCAUGUCUCUUUUGACCGUCAUCGAGCGACUGCAAGAGCGUUCUGACCAAAACACUUCAGAUGAGGAUAUUCUGAAGGAGUUGCAGGACAAUGCCCAAAGCCAACAUGGAGGUGGAGUUUCUGGGGGUGCUGCUGUGCCUGGAGACAUUUCCACUACAGAUGGUUUGGUGGAAUAUAUUGCUGAGAGCGAAAGGCCAUACCGCUGUCGACUGUGCCUGUACAGCAGCGGAAACAAGGGUUACAUAAAGCAGCACCUACGUGUACAUAGACAGAGACAGCCCUACCAGUGUCCCAUCUGUGAGCAUAUAGCCUGUGACAGCAAGGACCUGGAACGUCACAUGAUACACCACUUCAAACCUCGCAUGUACAACUGCAAACAGUGCACUGAGAGAUUCCACUAUAAGAGUCAGCUGAGAAACCACGAGAGAGAUGGGCAUGGGAUAGACGACAUCAGCAGCACACUGACCCACGUUGCUGAAAGCACAGCGAUCAUUGAAGAACCAGCCAAGAUAACAGAUGAGGAUUCAGUCGGCGAACAGAGCAUUUUCAAAUGCGACGUGUGCGAUUACACCAGUUCCACGUAUGUUGGAGUGCGCAACCAUCGGCGAAUCCACAACUCUGAUAAACCAUACAGGUGCUGCAGCUGUGAUUUCGCCACAACUAAUAUGAAUAGCCUGAAGAGCCACAUGAAGAGGCAUCCACAGGAACACCAAGCCAUGCAGCUGCUGGAGCAGUACAGGUGCUCGCUGUGUGGUUACGUGUGCAGCCACCCACCUUCUCUCAAAUCACACAUGUGGAAACACGCUGGAGAUCAGAACUACAACUAUGAGCAAGUUAACAAGGCCAUCAAUGAGGCCAUUUCCCAGAGCAGCCGAUCUCCUCCUACACCUUUGAAGUCAACACAUGAGACUGGGGUGGAGCGUCCGUAUAUUGUCUUGAACCGAAAAGACAAACAGUCACCUGAUGUAGCUCCUGCUACAGGUGGGCCAGAAGGCAACACCGUGAGAUCAUCAUCCAGCAGGGAGCAGGUCGGCGGGGCUGUAGCGUGGCGGAGCGGCUCGGGGCAGACACGGGCAGGUAUGGAAUACUGUGUGCUGCUCUUUUGCUGCUGUAUCUGUGGCUUCGAGUCCACCAGUAAAGAGCAGCUGAUGGAGCACAUGAAGCAGCAUGAGGGAGAUCUGAUCAGCAUCAUACUGAGCAAGGAGCAGCAGGGAAAUCAGCCCACAGAGACCAGCAGCAGCCAGUGACACACACAUUUUCAUACAUACUGUUCUUGUAUCAUUUCUGCUUGGACAAGCAACGUGCACAGUUCAAAACUUAAUUUUAUUUUCUUUCUUUGUAUUGACGCUAGUUUCCAUUACUGUUAUUGACCACGGAUAUGUGAUUUCAGAGAAUCAAACGGUUAACAAAAUAUGUACUUUAGCAGUAGUUCAGCAAAGGAAAGAGUAACUUUUGUUUUGAAUUAUGCAAAUUGGUGAAUUUCAAAAGCAUCGUAUACCUCAUUUCUUCACAAUAUAUAUAUAGUAGAGUCCACACAUUAUAAAUAUGAGGCAGCUUCUCUCGUUCACUGUAAUAUUAUUUAUAUAUCUAUAUUUCUUAUGUGCGUUUACUUUUAAGCCGGCACUCGCCAUGACGCAUUUUUGAGUGUAGAGAGGCAGAUUUUUUUUUUUUCUUGCUCUCUUGUGUGUCAGUGUUUGCUUUGAUAUUUAUCAAACUAAUUUAUUUUAUAUGCAUGUUCCCCUCCGUUACGUUCAUACAAAAUUAGAAAUGUGUUUCUAAUUAUGGUCUAAUCUUGGUGCUAUUUGUCUUGCGCUCAGAAGUGAGCAAAAGAUAAGUCGUCAUUGAGAAUGUAUCUUAAAAUUGUAUAUAAAUGUUAUAAACGUUAUAUAUAAAGAAUUACACGGUGUUCUCUUUGAAAUAGCGCAAGUUUAAAAUUGGCCCUAUUUAAAAAUUAACAAUUGGAAACGUGCAGCAGGAAGAAGAAAUAAAAAGGAUUUAUGUAUAGAAUAUUAUUUACUACUACUAUUAUUAUUAUUAUUAUUAUUAUUAUUAUUAUUAUUAUUAAAAUAUACAUAUAGAAUUAUCAAGCUUUUAAAAAAGUAAAAAUGCCAAAACUUGAAGACAUUUCUACAAGUUUCUUCACUUUCUAUUUUCAUAUUCAUUCUUUCUUUUUUAAUAAGUAUAUAAUAAGAUUUUUUUAUCUGCUGUAAUAAUAGAAAAGCUACAAUUCAUAACUGGGUAAUGGGUUCGAUAUGAAAUUUAUCUAUAAAAAGAAGCAGCAGUUUAUAGUAUUGUCACAAACCAGCUGUAGCAUCACAAUACCAAGUUAUACCAGAGUACCUCUGUUACUGUAAUACUGUAAUAUUAUUAUAGUUUAAUAACAUUCUCAAUGUAUUAGAGUGCAAUGUAUUUUGAAAUUUAUAUCUUUAAUAACAAAUGAUAGCAUUACAAACAAACCUGAAAGCUUGCUGAAAUCCUCAUUUUUUUUUUUUGCUUUCUUUAGAAGAUGCUUUCAAAUUAAAAAGUAGUUCAUCUUUUAAUUUCCUCAUUGAUCACGUUACUACUCAGCCAGUAUUUUGAGGCUUGGGCAUUGUGAUACUACAGCAGCACGGGUAUAUUGUGAAAGCCUAGUAAUUGAGAUUUUGCUUAAUCACUACCUCAGAUUUACUACUUUUUGUCCCCUGCUCUUUUGACCUUGACUGACUUCAAGCGCCCUAAAUCUGACUUUAUAUGCAGCGUAUUUUCCAAGGGAUGAUUUGCAUACACUUAAUGUUUGUAUGUCAACAGUCUAAAAUGCAAAAUUAGCGUGAUUAAAAGGGCAUCCAUAAUUCAUUCAGGCUUCACACUGCCCAGUGUAUCAGAGAAAUUAACUCUUAGGAAUUAAAUCAUAGGAAUUUACAUACACAAUUAUUAUAUUCUGAACCUAAUGUACUAAUUUACAAUUCAAACUGCAAAUGUCACUGAAAUUGUAACAUGGUCUGCAUAUAAAUCAUGUCAGCAUAUGCAUCAUAAUGAAAAUGGAUAAGAAACAUUUACCAGUAUUGAAAAUGCUUUCUCACUUUAGUUCAUUGUUUUAGCACACGAGCAUCUGUUGAGUGUUUGUUUCAGAGGAUGUGCCAUGUUGUUUAUGUGCAUAAUGCACACUUUCCAAGUAAUGGAAUCAAGAGAGAUUGAGCUUCCUAGAAGGUUCAUUUUGUGUUCCAGUUACUGCAUUUCAUUUUCUCCAUCACUCUGCUGAUGUAGUCCAAAUUGAUCAAGAACCUACCGGUUGGUAUUAUCCCUUUUAUUUUCUGUCUGUGAGCAGGAAUUGGCAGACAUCCUGUAGACAUUGUAUCUUCCAGACUAUUUUUUUCUUCCUAGAACAAUUGCAAUACAUCUGGAAUGUAUAUAUUUUUUUUUUCUAAAGAUAGACAAUAUGUUUCAAGUAAUCAGCAGGGCCUAGUGAGACAAUUGUUGUCUUUCACAAUGAGUCACAAGAUUUGGUAAUCAUCACAAGGACAGCAUCGCAGCCACAAGUGUGCCUUCCAUUUCAACAGCCUCAUUUUUGAAUAAGCUUCAGUCGAGUUCAGAAUAACACCAUAAAUCUUAAGCCAAGUAGUCUCCCUGUGUCGAGUGCUUUGGCAUCUUGGAUUCUGUAUAAUGUGCCCUCAAAAAUUCUGUAAUGUAUUCGGACACAUGGUACUGUAAUACAGUUUUUGUAUGUGACUUACUGUAUAUAUACUGUAGAAAACUGACAUUUUGUAGAGGAAUUCUAUUUUUUAAAACUUGUAUAAACACUACAGAAAGAAAACGACUCAAAAGAAAAGCAAACGAAUCAAAAAUGACCUUUGACUCGCCGAAGUGCAUCAAAAAAGGGUCUUUACUGUGUGUAAGGGAAUGGUUGGCAUAUGAAACUCCAAACAAGCACAUCGUGUUAAAUGCUGACAUGCCAAAGGAGAGAGAGAGAGAGAAAGGAAAAAAAAAAAAAUAGGAAUUUUACAGUCUAAAGGUCUCUCAGUGCUAUUUCCUUUUCAAGUACGGAGGUCCAAAGGGCCCUGUUUUAAUAUUAGUGUUCCGUUCAUAAUUAUUUAUUUGUUCUUUUGAAACUGUAAUGUUAUGAUUUUUGCCAGUGUAUUUUUGGUAAUAAAGAAUGAACAACAGUCA